GGAGGCCCGGCCUAGCACUGCCAGUAAGGGAGGAUCUACCGUUUGAUCGACGAGGUCUUGUUGGGAGAGAGUACGUACGCAGCACAUCACCCGGUUGGUUCGGCGGUAAUUUGUAAUAUUUACUAGUAUUGCUCGGGGAGGUCUCCGGCGAACGCGCGCUGAUUCGUUUCUAAAACAAAAAGGUAUAACUGCGUCAGCGGAUAGGACAAGGAGGAAACGAGGGAGGAGUUGAGUUGAUUUGAAUAGCGGAUACAAUGGACCAAGAAGAGAUCGAUAGAGUGGUGCUGGCAUAUUUGGAUAAAAGAGGUUUUAGGCAAGCGGGUCUUGCCUUCCAGCAGGAGAAGCAGCAGCACAGUAAAGGCAGUAAUGCUUCCUCAACUGCACAAAUCGACCUUGAUGUCGCCAAGCAAAUGCUCGCACUCUCAGAGGUUGAUGUUCCUGCUCAGUACCACGACAGUUAUAGCAAACUCCGUUCAUGGGCGUAUAGUUCUCUUGAUCAAUACCAGCAUGAAUUGGUUCGAUUGUUAUAUCCGGUGUUCAUACAUGCAUUUAUGGAUCUUAUUGGAAAGGGUCAUAUUCAAGAAGCUCGAGGUUUCUUUAAUAACUUUCGAGGUGAUCACGAAGUGGCACACUCUCGUGACCUUCAAAAGUUAGAAGGUGUUCUCUCUCCUUCACAUCUUGAGGAAAUGGAAUUUGCACAUUCCCUUAGGCAGACAAAAGCUAACAUUAAGAUGUGCAAAUAUUCCUAUGAACUCCUUCUGCAAUACCUGCACAAGUCCCAAUCAAUUACAAUGCUUGGAAUUGUCAACGAGCACAUCAACUUUAUAGUUUUUUCUGGACAACCAACUUCAAUUGCCGAUGACACAGAAUUUGUCACACUGUUUGGAGAUGACCAGGAAGCAGCUAAUGCAAUAAAUCAGAAAGAAAUUCACUGGGGGCAGUUGCUUGAAGAUUCCUUAGAAGAGAAGUUGGAAAAGACUGGGGGUUCUAAUGUGGAUUCCGAAAAGGUAGAUGGAGAAAUGAGAGAGGAAGUGGAAGAAGUUAAGAAAAGAUCUGUCGAUGGUGGCAAACAAGGUGGUACACUUAAAAAGCUAAAAAAGGAUAAGGUCUCUGGAGCUGCAGCCAAAGCUUCUCGUUCGGAGAGUGCCGUAGUUUCUGGAGCACAACGCGUCAAGCCAGAGUUAACCAUGCCAGUAAGGCCAAUAGAAUUGGAACAUUCUAUUCUUGAAGAUUUGAGGAACCGUGUACAAUUGAAUAGCACAGCAUUGCCUUCCAUCAGCUUCUAUACCUUCGUCAACACUCAUAACAGCUUGAACUGUGCUUCAAUUUCUCAUGAUGGUUCUAUGCUAGCUGGUGGAUUUUCUGACUCAUCAUUAAAGGUUUGGGACAUGGCAAAGCUUGGGCAGCCAAGUGGAAAUUCUCCUUUGCAGGGAGAAAAUGAGUCAGCACCCAAUGAGCAUAUGACUAGCUCAAGCACUGGGGCAGGAUCUUAUACUUUAUUUCGAGGUCAUGCUGGUCCUGUUCAUUCUGCCACUUUUCAUCCAUAUGGCGAUUUUCUUCUGUCAUCAUCAUCAGAUUCAACAGUUCGAUUAUGGAGCACAAAAUUGAAUGCAAAUCUUGUUUGCUACAAGGGACACAAUUAUCCUGUAUGGGAUGUACAGUUUAGUCCAGUAGGACACUAUUUUGCUACUGCUUCCCAUGAUCGGACAGCAAGAAUCUGGUCGAUGGACAGAAUACAGCCUUUAAGAAUAAUGGCAGGCCAUCUAUCCGACGUAGAUUGCGUGCAAUGGCAUGUUAACUGCAACUACAUUGCAACCGGAUCAAGUGACAGAAGCGUACGUUUAUGGGAUGUCCAGAGUGGGGAGUGUGUUAGAAUAUUCAUUGGUCACAGAAGCAUGAUCCUAUGCUUGGCAAUGUCACCUGAUGGUCGUUAUAUGGCAUCUGGUGAUGAAGAUGGUACAAUAAUGAUGUGGGAUCUUGCAACUGGUCGAAGUGUUUGCCCUUUAGUUGGCCACAGCUCUUGCAUUUGGUCACUUGCUUUCAGCUGUGAAGGUUCACUUCUAGCGUCUGGUUCUGCCGAUUGCACUGUGAAACUAUGGGAUGUAACCACCAGUUCGAAGUCGCCAAAAACUGAAGAGAUCAAACAUGGGAACACAAGCAGACUCAGAUCAUUAAAGGCCAUACCAACCAAAUCUACUCCCGUCUACUCUCUCCAGUUCUCUAGGCGGAACCUCUUGUUUGCUGCUGGGGCGCUCUCGAUGCCUUAACAAAUCAAUUCUCAGGCGCCGUACUAUUUGGUAAUGGUUUGUUUGCUGUAGCUAACUACUUUCCAAGUUUUUGGUUUAUCCAUGUUAUGAAAUCUUGAACAUCUUCAUACACAUUGAUAUAAUGGCUCGUGGGGUUUCGAUUCAAUUCUUUUGCUGUCCACUUAUGUCACUUUCUACUGAAAGUACACCACCAACAAAUCUUUGUAAUGAAUUUGUGAUGAUAGUUAACCUCCCUUGUUAAAUUUCUC